CGAAAGAUGCAGCUCCUUAGCGUUCUCUCCGUUCUCACGAUCCUCUGGUGUGUGGCCAUUCACGCUCAGCAGCCUGACUGCCGGGUCCUAAGGGAGAGCUGCGAGUCCUGUGUGAGGCGACUGAACAAUCCCUCCAAUAAUGUGGAGUUCAUGAACAACGGGUGCCGUGAGAGGCUACGUCGCACCUACCACUGGAGGAAUCAGACCCGUUGCGAUCUCCAGGUGAUUGCUUGUUCGGCUCAUAGAAGAAAGCUGGAUUGUGCGGUCAUUGCUGAACUCGCUGGCAUGCGCAGGCGUACCUAG